CCAUACCUCUCACACUACUCUUCAGCCGGUUCGCGCAUGCGCUCUGGAGACUACCACGCGGACCAAUCAGCUAUAAGCAGACGCCUAAAGGGGAACGUGAUGUGAAGAACAUGGCGACCGCUCUGGUGGUGUCAACUUCAGUUCCUACAAGCCUUGAACAGGAAAAACAUGAGACGACGCUUCAGAAGGUUGUGAGUCCGGAAUCUUACAUCAAGCAUCCAUUACAGAACCGAUGGGCUCUUUGGUUUUUCAAGAAUGACAAAAGCAAAACAUGGCAAGCCAACCUUCGUCUCAUUUCCAAAUUUGACACGGUGGAAGACUUCUGGGCGUUAUAUAAUCACAUUCAGCUGUCGAGUAAUUUGAUGUCUGGCUGUGAUUACUCGCUGUUUAAGGAUGGGAUCGAGCCCAUGUGGGAGGAUGAAAGGAAUCGACGAGGUGGUCGGUGGCUCAUAACUUUGUCCAAACAGCAACGCAAAGCAGACCUUGACCGGUUCUGGUUGGAGACGCUCUUGUGUCUUGUGGGUGAAACCUUUGAUGAUUACAGUGACGAUGUAUGUGGUGCUGUCAUUAACGUCCGAGCCAAAGGAGAUAAAAUAGCAAUAUGGACGACAGAUUAUGAAAACAAAGAUGCCAUCACACACAUAGGUCGUGUGUAUAAAGAGAGAUUAGGCGUUCCACCCAAAGUGGUCAUCGGAUACCAGUCGCAUGCAGACACGGCCACAAAGAGCGGCUCCACUACCAAGAACAAGUUUGUUGCCUAAGGACCAAAACCACCAACCAAGAUUUGACGUUCUUUGCUCUGAUCAUGGUGGCACCAUACGUUUUCUGUCAUGUUUAUCCAGCCAACAUUUCAAGUUGCUUUCUCUUCAUUUCCAUCUUUUGUGUUCGUAAACUGUAGCACUAUAAAAUGAUUCACUCUUUGUUGUUUUUUGUGGUGAUGGGCUAAAGAAAAUAAGUGUACUUGCAGGUAAACUGUAGCACUCUGGUCUCAGUUAUGGUGGGCUAAAGAUGCUUUGAUGCCCUGUUUUUAUUUUUAAAUUCAGCUGCACAGUUCUGUACACUUGAAUUAUUGCAACAUUUACCAUUUGUUAAAAAUACCAAAUAUUAAAGAUUAAAUGAUAAGAGCAUUUUCUACUUGAUUCUAACUUGUAGAUUUACUUUGUACGCCAUACAGUACACCAGUUUGUCAAUUUGCUGGGUAAAUGUAUGGGUUUAUUGCACUUCUUUAUAUGAUGUUUGUUUUCUUUCAUUAGAUCAAAAUGGAUCAACAUUUUUUUUUUGUAAAAUGCAUGGUGUUUUUCACAAAACUUCCAGGGCUGGACCAUGUUUGGCAUCUAUAUGCAGGUGUUCUUCAGUGUGACGUUGCUUUAUUGUUAAUGCUGCAAAACCAAGCUCUUGAUAUUAAAACUUUUUUUUUCUUGUCUUUCAUUUUCGUUAAAGAUAAGAAUGUCAGUUAAAAGAGCAGGGAAAUAGGCUCAGAUUCUAAUGAGUGAUUAAAGGUUUUAUACCUUGAAGAAUGUUAGUUGAUGCCAAAGUGGACCAAGAGUUAAAGGCAGUUGUGUAUUGUACCUUAUUCAUCUCUACUCAGUAGUUGAUACUGAUUCCUUUUCUUAGACGUACCAUAUAGAGUUCUAAAGCACAGGAAGGUGUGAUCAGAUGUUUAUAUUUUUAUGUACAGGCCGUAUUACAGUGUGAGGUGUUCUUUAACUUUUUUUAAUUUCAAAUGUUUUGUACGUGACAGAAGCCAAACGAGUUGUGCUCUGAAUGUAACACCUUGCCUUUAUAUUUUCAUUUACCUGAGUGGAGAAUGUACAGAAAGAAUUGAUGUUAAUAAAAAGGUACAAGAUAAA